UGCGCACAACCAGAUAACCGAACUCGCAUCAACCUUCCAAGGGAACGCCGUGGCCGAGGGCGACACUCUCGUUAUAAGCAUUCGUCUCGCUUCUGAACUCCUCAUGAACAGAUAUGGUCUUCCAGAACCGACCAAUCCGACAGGAUCUCUGGCCAUGUAUGAAGCGGGGAUGCUCGAAGAGGUUGCGAGAGACAAAAACCUCGCACUCGGCGUAUCCGGCAGCUUGAGGGGCACGACCUAUAACAACAGCGUUCUCCCUCGAUGCAGAGCGAUGGUGGAGGCCAUUGGACAGCGCAUGGCCUACGAGGCAGCCCAGGCGCAAGGCAACAUCGCGCCCGAGGUGAUCGAUGUGUUUGAAAAGUCUUGCAUUCAGAAGGAUCCGUCCUGGUUUGUCGAACACGGCUACGGCACUCGAUCUGCGUUGCGGGACAACGAGAACGGGGCAUACUCCAACUUGUUGCCCCUCUUGCCCACGCUGGUGGAACGGGCCAAUGCUGAAGUUUACAUCACGGCGCCGUUGGUUGAAGAGGGAGCCAUGGAGGACUUCAUCAAGGCCCUGCCGGCUUUUGGGGCUGGCACAGACGACGUAAUAGUAGAGCAGGCUCCAAAGUCCCGGCUUUGAUGUAGAAACAAUCCAGAUAUUCUAGUUCUAUCACUUGCAUUGUUGUUCCCGC